UGAAUGCUUACAACAAAUUGUUUCCCAAAAUCAAGUACUUAUUACGAUGAUUCAAAACAUAUCUAAUAUUAUAUCUUUUCUUACAAAUUCUCAAAAUACACACCAACCUUAUGUUCCCCAGAACAAUGAUACUAUUCUUAUUAAUACUCAAAAUACACAUCAGCCUUUGGUUCCUCAGAACAAUGACACUAUUCUUACCAAUUCUCAAAAUACUCGUCAGCCUUCAGUUCUCCAGAAUAAUGAUACUAUUCUUACAAAUACACCUCAACCUUUGGUUUCCCAAAACAAUGUUACUACUAUCUCUUCUCAAGAAUUAUCAAACUAA